CUUCUGUUUUCAUUAUUUGCUCCAAUUCAAAUUACACAUGCCUGUGUUGUUUACUUUAUUCAUCACAGAACCUUCUUUUGCUUAAUCAAUCUACUUUGAUUUACUUCUAAAAGAGAAAAAUCGAAACCGAAAACCAGAAAAAAAAAAGAAAAAAAAAACAUUUCGUUCUAUCAAUUUCGUUGUUUUCUUGUCUCUUGAUUUCAUUUUCUGCCAAUUUCAACUUCCUGUCGAUCGGUUUUACUUGAAAAGGGAAAACAAAAAGCAUACAUACUUUGUUUAGCUUCAUAUACAGACCGAUUGUGCUCCGGCGUUUUGUAGGCAAAGGAAUCUGGAGAGAGAAGGUAGAAGGUUUUGGAAGUGAAUGAAUGAGUGAGACAAUGUCUGCUUCCGACCGUUUCAUGGAUACUGUGUUUUCUUGGUCACUUGAAGACAUUUUCAAUGAGAAACUGUACAUAAACCAGGUGGAAAAGAUUCCUAAAUCAUUUGAUUCAGUUGGGCGUUAUUUUGGGUCCUAUUCAUUUCCCUUAUUAGAGGAAACUCGUGCACAUGUGCAGUCGAGUAUGGAAACUAUUGACAGAGCACCAUUUGCUAAAGUAAUUGCUUUUGAAGAAUCCGAGUCCAAUUUAGAUGAUACAAGGACAUAUAGUAUCAUGGUUGAUAAGUGGCAAAACAGGCAAAGAGAACGUGGAAAGGAACCAUACAAAACUUUGCCUGGGGAUCUUUUUGUCUUAGCAGAUGCGAAACCCGAAACUGAUUCUGAUUUACGACGGGCAGGGAGGUGGUGGACUUUUGUAUCAGUCACUAAGAUCACCGAAAAUAAAAUAGAAGAUGAUAUUAAUGAUGAGAAAAUAGAGACUGAAAUAAAAGAGUUUAAAGUCAAGGCAUCAAAAAGGAUUGAGGUCAAGGAUAACAUGAGCACUCCGCCAUCACUAUUUGUUGUUUUACUUGUGAAUUUGAUCACUAAUCGCAGAAUAUGGGAAGCAUUGCACAUGUUCAGAAAUCUGAAGAUUAUCAAGGAUGUUCUGUGCACUGAUUCUGUGGCUCAGAAAAACUACCCUCCCUCAUAUGAAAUGGAUGCUGACAUUCGGGAUAAGGUGAUAGUUGAGAGUUCAUCUUUUGGAUUGAAUGAGUCACAAACUGGGGCAGUUUUGGCCUGUCUUGAAAUGUUGUUUUGUGAUUCCAAGUCAACUUUGCAACUUAUAUGGGGUCCACCUGGGACAGGGAAAACUAAAUCCACCGCUACUCUGCUGUUGACCCUGUUAAGGAUGAAUUGUAGGACUCUUGCUUGUGCCCCAACAAAUUUUGCAGUAACUGAAGUAGCUUCCCAUCUUGUAGAGAUGGUGGCUAAAGCAGAUUCCAAUGAUUGGUUUUAUCCUCUGGGAAAAAUUCUUUUAUUUGGGAAUAAAGAGGGACUCAAAGUUGGUUCUGAUAUUGAAGAUAUAUAUUUGGAUCACCGUGUCGAAAGUCUUUUCGAGUGCCUGGGGCCGGUGACAGGUUGGAGUAGUUGCUCGUCUUCCAUGAUUAGGCUUCUUGAGGAUUGCGUUUCACAUUACCAUAUUUUCUUGAAAAAUGAGUUCGCCAACGAGAAAAAACAAAAUGGUGAUGGUGAAAUGAUAGAGAAAGGAUGUGGAAGAGAGACCGAAGUUAGCAAGGGCAAGUGCAAAUCAUUUCUUGAAUUUUUCAGAGAGAGAUUUGUGUCUACUGCAUUACCCUUAAAAUGUUGUAUUUCUACCUUCUGUACCCAUAUAAGCCAAGAUUACAUUUCGGCACGUAUUUUCCAUGACAUGAUUUCGCUUUUUGGGUUAGUUGAUUCCUUUAGAAUACUAUUGUUGCAAGGUAAUGUUGAUUCUGAAGCACUGGAAGAGCUUUUCUCUCGUUCAGAAGUUGAAGAUGUGCUCGAGCCAGUAGACAACAACACAUUUCAUCUGUGCAUGAAGAGAAGAGAGUGCCUUUCAGUUUUACGUACUCUUCAGAAAUCGAUUAGAAGACUUUACCUCCCAGAUGUUAGGAACAAAAAAUCUGUAAUGGAGUUUUGUUUUCAAAGAGCUUCCUUAAUAUUUUGCACUGCAUCUAGUUCGUUUAAGCUGCAUAGAGUGAAAUUGGAGCCACUGACCAUUGUUGUUAUUGAUGAGGCUGCACAACUGAAAGAGUGCGAGUCAACGAUACCCCUGCAACUUCCAGGUGUGAAGCAUGCCGUUCUUGUUGGUGAUAAGUGUCAGUUACCAGCUAUGGUGAAAAGCAAUGUGUCCUAUAAAGCUGGUUUUGGAAGAAGCUUGUUCGAGAGGUUGAGCUCAAUGGGUCACUCUAAACACCUUCUGAACACGCAAUACAGAAUGCAUCCUUCAAUAAGUUCCUUCCCAAAUUCAAGGUUCUACAAUAACCAGAUCCUGGACGCUCCAAAUGUUAAAAGAAGAAGCCAGAAACGCUAUCUUCCAGGGCCAAUGUUCGGUCCUUAUUCUUUUAUUAAUGUAAUUGAUGGAAGAGAGGAGAAGGACGAGGACGAACAUAGUCUAAAGAACAUGGUAGAGGUUGCAAUUGCUUUGAAAAUACUGCAGAAUUUGUACGAAAGAUGGGUUGUUUCAAAAGAGAAGCUCAGUAUUGGUGUAAUAUCUCCUUAUGCAGCUCAAGUAGCUGCAAUUCAGGAAAAACUUGGACAGAAGUACGAUAAGCGUGAUGGCUUUAAAGUGAAGGUGAAGACAGUUGAUGGGUUCCAGGGUGGUGAAGAGGACAUAAUCAUCAUGUCCACUGUGCGAUCCAAUCAACAUCACUCACUCGGUUUUAUAUCGGAACCACAAAGAGUUAAUGUUGCUCUCACUAGGGCUCGGCACUGCCUUUGGAUUUUGGGAAAUGAGAGAACUCUUUGUGGUAGCGAAUCUGUUUGGGAGGCUUUGGUGCUUGAUGCCAAGAGUCGGCAGUGUUUCUUUAAUGCUGAUGCAGACAAGGAUAUGGCCAAGGCCAUAUUAGAGGCGAAGAAAGCAUUUCACCAAUUUGAUGAUUUGCUUAAUGCUGACAGCUUACUUUUCCGAAGUUGUAGAUGGAAGGUACUUUUGAGUGGUAAUUUUCUGGAGUCGUUCAGAAAACUUAAGUCGAUUCAGUUGAAGAAGUCCGUGAUAAAUCUUCUACUGAAGCUUGCCGGUGGAUGGAGACCUAAAAAGAUAAAUGUCCAGACUAUUUCUGGCUCAUCAUCAUUCUUGAGGCAAUAUAAAGUUAGAGGUCUAUAUGUUGUUUGCGCAAUCGACAUUGCAAAGGAGUUGGAAUACACUCAAGUGUUAAGGAUUUGGGACAUAUUGCCUCUAGAGUACAUCCCAAAAUUGAUAAAUCGUUUGGAUAGGAUUUUCAAGAGAUAUACAGAUGACUUUAUCAAUCUCUGCAAUGAGAAAUGUCUUGAGGGUAACUUGGAAGUUCCAAAGUGCUGGCCGACCUCUUUGGAUGUGCCUCAGUUUAAGGAUCUUAGUGCCACUGAAAUCGAUAGUGAUUUUGUUAGUGAUGCUUCUGAUGGUAGAAGUUAUGUUGAGAAUUCACAGGUCAGCGAGAGUUUGUUGCUCAUGAAGUUUUACGCCUUGUCAUCUGGUGUAGUGAAUCACUUGCUGUCUGAUCGUGAGGGUAAAGAGUUGGAUCUUCCAUUUGAAGUAACUGACCAGGAAAUGGACAUUAUCCUUUAUCGUAAAAGUACCUUUAUAGUUGGACGAUCAGGAACAGGUAAGACAACUGUUUUAACCAUGAAAUUAUUUCAAAACGAACGAUGUCACCAUUUGGCACAUAAAGGAUGCGUUAGAAGUUCAAAUAGCAUGGUUGAGCCGAGUUCUUCGGCUACUCAGGAGAGAACUCUACACCAGCUGUUUGUUACCGUGAGUCCUCAGCUAUGUUUUGCCAUAAAACAACAUGUUCUACACUUGAAAAGAUUUGCAUGUGGUGGAAGUGAUUCAACGGAGAAAAUUUUGAUUGAUAUGGCUGAUUUUGAUGAGGAGGAAUUUCAAUUCAAGGACAUCAAGGAUUCGUUUCAGGAUAUUCCUCCCGAUUCUUACCCUCUUGUAAUAACAUUUCAUAAGUUCUUGAUGAUGCUGGAUGGAACACUGACUAACUCAUACUUUGAAAGAUUCCUUGAUGCAACAACGCUAACUCACGGUCAAUUGAGAAGCUCAAGAUCAGUUGCAUUGCAAACCUUCAUCAGGACAAAGGAGGUUAAUUAUGAGAGGUUCAGUUCAUCUUACUGGCCCCAUUUUAGUAUGCAGUUAACAAAGAAGCUUGAUGCUUCAAGAAUCUUUACGGAGAUUAUAUCUCAUAUUAAAGGUGGUUUAGCAGCCAUAGAAGCAGGUGAUGGCAAACUCAGUAGGGAGGAUUAUGUUCAACUGUCAGAUGGCCGGGAUUCCAAUUUAAGCAAGCAAAAGAGAGAAGUAAUAUACGAUAUAUUUCAGGCUUAUGAAAAAAUGAAGUUGAAGAAUGGUGAAUUUGAUUUGGCUGAUUUUGUCAUUGAUCUACACCAUCGGAUUAGGCACGAAAAAUUUGUGGGUGAUCAAAUGGAUUUUGUUUAUAUUGAUGAAGUUCAAGAUCUCACCAUUAGCCAAAUUGCGUUGUUUAAGCAUAUGUGCAACAAUGUCGAAGAGGGUUUUGUUUUUUCCGGUGAUACGGCACAGACCAUUGCCAGGGGAAUUGAUUUUAGGUUCCAAGAUAUAAGACAUCUGUUCUACAAGAAGUUUGUGUUGGAAUCAAGAGGCAAUAAGCAUCAGGAAAGAAAAGAAAAGGGACAAAUCUCAGAAACAUUUCACUUGACUCAAAACUUCCGUACGCAUGCUGGCGUUCUGAAAUUAUCACAGAGCAUUGUUGAACUACUUUAUUGUUUUUUCCCUCUAUAUAUUGACAUUUUAAGGCCUGAAACCAGUCUGAUAUAUGGGGAAGCUCCAGUACUGCUUGAAUCCGGAGAAGAUGAAAAUCCAAUCAUCAGAAUUUUUGGAAAUAGUGGAACUCAUAAUUCUAACAUAGUUGGCUUCGGAGCUGAGCAAGUUAUUUUGGUCCGUGAUGUUGGUGCUCAAAAAGAAAUUUUGAAAAUCGUUGGGAAGCAUGCUCUUGUCCUAACCAUAUUGGAAUGCAAGGGGCUUGAAUUCCAGGAUGUACUCUUGUACAACUUUUUUGGAUCAUCGCCCCUAAAAAUCAAUGGAGGGUGAUAUAUGAGUACAUGAAGGAGCAAGAUUUACUUGACUCUACAUUGCCACAACGAUUUCCAAGUUUCAGUGAAGCUAAACACAACAUCUUAUGCUCUGAACUGAAACAAUUAUAUGUUGCUGUUACUCGGACAAGACAAAGAU